GAAAUGGAAUAAACAAAGUGCCUAACUGGGCAGAGGAGGAAAGGAAGAAAAAAGGAGAUAAAACUGAAAACAGAGAUGCUGCUGAAGCAGGCACUGAAGAAGCUCAACAAAAUCCAAUCUUCUUCGUGGCCGAAAAUAUACGGCAAAAGACGAAGAUGCAUAGCGACAACGACGACAACGACAACGACACCGUCGGCAGUUCCUAAAGAGAGGGUGGACUGCGUGGUAAUAGGAGCAGGCGUGGUGGGCCUAGCAGUGGCGAGAGAGCUCUCUCUCAGAGGUAGAGACGUUUUGGUUUUGGAAUCAUCUCCUUCCUUCGGUAAUUCCACCAGUUCUCGCAACAGCGAAGUCAUCCAUGCCGGAAUCUAUUACCCUCCUAAUUCUCUCAAGGCAACCCUUUGUGUAAGAGGAAGAGAAUUGCUAUAUAAAUACUGCUUUGAUCAUAAUAUUCCUCAUAGACAACUGGGUAAGCUCAUAGUUGCAACCCGGUCUUCUGAGAUACCAAAGCUGAACCAUUUAAUGGAUUGUGGAAUUCAAAAUGGGGUUGCUGGUUUGAAAAUGAUGGAUGGUUCUGAUGCCAUGAGAUUGGAACCUGAAUUGCAAUGUAUAAGAGCCUUGCUCUCACCUGUUUCUGGGAUUCUUGAUUCACAUUCUCUAAUGCUUUCUUUAGUGGGGGAAGCUGAAGAUAAUGGAGCAACUUUCUCCUAUAACACUACUGUUAUGGGUGGUCAUAUCAAAGAAAAUAGAAUGUGCCUUGAAGUUUUUGAAACGAAAUGUCUUGAAAACUGGGAUUUGGGUUUUCCAUCUCAGCCGGAUAUGGUACUCGUUCCUAACCUGGUUGUCAACUCAGCAGGUCUGAGUGCCCCUGUUCUUGCAAGGAGAUUUGGAGGCCUGCAUAAUUCAUUUAUUCCUCCUUCCUAUUAUGCUCGGGGAUGCUACUUCACCUUAUCCAGUACUGGAGUCCCUCCUUUCAAACAUUUGAUAUAUCCUAUACCAGAGGAGGGUGGUCUUGGAGUUCAUGUUACUCUUGAUUUGGAUGGUCAGCUGAAGUUUGGCCCUGAUGUUGAAUGGAUUAAUGGUGUAGAUGACAUUUCAAGCUUCCUAGAUAGGUUCGACUAUUCUGUGUGUACCAGUCGUGCAGAGCUAUUUUACCCAGAGAUAAGGAAGUACUAUGCAAAUCUGAAGGAUGGUUCUCUACAGCCAGGCUAUACAGGCAUUCGCCCAAAGCUUUCAGGUCCUGGCCAGUCACCAGUUGAUUUUAUAAUACAGGGGAAGGACAUUCAUGGGAUAGCUGGUCUUGUUAACCUCUUUGGAAUUGAAUCACCUGGUUUAACUUCUAGUAUGGCAAUUGCAGAAUAUAUUGCAGCCAGAUUCUUAUGAUUCAUAUCCAUUUUUGGAUGGAUAGCACAUUUGGGGAUUGGAAUUACAAACUUGAACCAAGGACCUUUCAUCCGAGAAGUGGUGGACUAACAAUCAAACUGGUCCUUAAGGGACAACCAAUUCUUGUAAUUGUGUCUAUGUUUCUUGUUUGAAAUACCUAGUUGGUGCUACUGGACUGUAUCAUCUGUUGUCAUUGUGUUUCCUAUAAUAUCCAGUUUCUGGUGAUCAUUUGGUGUUGCUAUAAUCACAGUUUUAUCAAGUGGACUUUCAUUUGGGGUUGCUAUAAUCACAGUUUUAUCAAGUGGACUUUCGCUGCUUGAAGAAUGGGUGAGUUUGAGUUUAACCGUUUGAAAUUAGUUGAGGAAAAGCUUUGAGCUUGCAUUCAAAGCUAAUACUAUUUUUGUUGUCUAUCAUGUCCUGGUGGAAAGAUAUUGUAAUUUUUGGGUACGCAAUUUGAUGUUGAAUCGUAGACAUUGAUAACUAAAAUUAAUAUAAAUAUAUAUCGUCUUGAUGAUUCAUUAUGACCCUUGAA